UGCUCAGUGCACUGUGUGAAGUCGACGAGUAAAGACGUAAAAUCGGGAGCGCUCAUAAAAUUCUUCCUGCCGAGUUCGGUUCGAACGGUUGCUUCCAGCUCAAUACACAUGCUUCUACCGCAGAGCUUGUGUGUGGAGAAUAUCGCCGAAUGAAAGAGUUGCAAAAGUGUGUUCCUGCUCGCAUCGGGAGAGAGUGUGGUGUGCGGUCAAGAAUAAUAAGGAGAAGACAAGAAGCUUGAAGUAUAUGUACAGCAAUAAUAAGUCUAGCGAAACACUCGGAGCUCUCGAAUGCAUGAUAAAGCGAAGACAAAUAUAUAGAUGUACGUGUGGAAGAAGCAUUGAAGAAGAGUGAUCACAAAAAAAUCAUUUAUAUACGGCGAAGAAGAACUAAACAAAACAUACUGAAAUAACAACGAUAUAUUUCUCAUUUACAAAGUCUCCAGUGAUGUCGAAGAAGUAGAAAGAAGAAAAAUUAAGUGAAGGAAUUCAGGAAAUCUGAUACGAAGAAUAAGAAAUGCGUCGAUCCUGAUUUGAAUUCAAGCCCAGUGGAUGCGCUUCGUUGCAGUUGAUUAUAGCGCUGAAGGAUUUUCGUGUAACCGUGAAUUAGCAUCUUUGAUAUCAAGAGGAAUGAACGGGAAACAGUGAAGUAAAAGACAAUUCGUAGUUUCCAUCGCAUGUGAUUCCACCGCAAUCGAAAGUAUGAUGAUGGAGGAAGCGAAUUUCAUGCUGACUGAAAUCCCUGGCGCAUUUAUAUCUCAUCGACCGCAUGCAAUACACCGUUUCGUACCAUAUCCGUUACAUCAACCACAUUUACAACCCGCACCGAUCUACAUUCACCCACAGCCGAGGGUGAUAAGCCGACCGAAAACGCCUCCUACACCACCGGCACCGGAAGGAACACACAUUGGACAUCUGUAUCCGGAGAUUCUUGCCAUCAUAUUUGAAAAGCUGAGUGUAAAGGACCGUGGCAGAGCGGCACAAACUUGUACUGUGUGGCGCGAUGUUGCAUAUUCAAAGAGUUGUUGGAGGGGUGUGGAAGCUAGCCUUCACCUGCGGCGACCGUCACCCAGUUUAUUCACAUCACUAGUGAAGCGUGGCAUAAAAAAGGUGCAAAUACUGUCGGUUAAACGCCCAGCCCUUAUACGAGAUGUUGUUGUUAGUAUACGAAAUCUGGAAUCGUUAAAUCUUAGUGGCUGCUAUAAUAUUACAGAUAUUUCAUUGGGCUAUGUAUUUUCGACGGAUCUACUGAAUUUACGAACGCUAGAUUUAUCGCUAUGUAAACAAGUUACCGAUUCAAGUCUUGGACGUAUUGCGCAACACUUAAAGAACGUAGAAAUACUGGAACUAGGCGGCUGCAGUAAUAUCACCAACACAGGUUUACUGCUGAUUGCAUGGGGGUUGAAGAAACUGAAGCGGUUGAAUCUUCGAUCUUGUUGGCAUCUCACUGAUCAAGGCAUUGGUCAUUUAGCCGGCUUAAGCAAGGAAACAGCGGAUGGUACACCAGCUUUGGAGUAUUUGGGACUGCAAGAUUGCCAGCGUUUAUCGGAUGAAGCACUUCGGCAUAUAGCGCAAGGACUAACAUCACUGAAAAGCAUCAACCUUAGUUUCUGCGUAUCAGUCACCGACAGUGGCUUGAAACAUCUUGCAAAAAUGACCAAACUGGAGGAGCUGAAUCUGCGAGCAUGUGAUAAUAUAUCAGACAUUGGAAUGGCAUACCUGACUGAGGGUGGCAGUGCUAUCAUUUCAUUGGAUGUUAGUUUUUGUGAUAAAAUUGCAGAUCAAGCGCUGACCCAUAUUUCGCAAGGACUGUUUCACUUGAAGUCGUUGAGCCUCAGCGCAUGUCAGAUAACCGACGAAGGGUUAGCUAAAAUUGCCAAAUCAUUACACGAUCUGGAAACGUUGAACAUUGGCCAGUGUGCCCGUGUCACUGACAAAGGAUUGGAGUAUUUAGCGGAUGAGCUAAACAAUUUACGUGCCAUCGAUCUAUACGGCUGCACCCGAUUGACGCCGAUUGGAUUAAAUAAAAUUUACAAACUACCGAGACUGUCUAAAGUUAAUUUAGGAUUAUGGCAUGUCAGGUGAUGUGUUAGUUUAUUAUGGAAUGAUUGUUAAAUUUUAGUUUUCUUUUAUUAUUGAAAUUGUAACUAGACAUGCGAUAGUAUUCUCUGUUACAGGGAUUUUAGGUGUAAAUUGUAGGAAAAAAUGUCUCAAAAUCCAUUAUUUAGCUAAAGAAGAUAUGCGAUAAACAACAUCAAAAUCAUUUUCACUUAAUACUCUCUGUCACACGUCUACCUGAGGGUUAAUUGCAAUUGUCGCUAAAACUGGAUAUAAAACAUUUGCUAUGUUAGCAGACAAGUAUGAAUUCUGUAAAUAAUUACAAAAUAUGAGAAAAGACUAUGAAUAAAUACAGGAAAGCCAGAAAUUCGGUUUUUGCCUGAAAUAAUCAAUGGAA